AUGCCGUCAAGUGCAAAUAGCAUGAUUGCUGGCGCGGGAGGCGGUCUUGUGGCCAGCGUAGCGACCUGUCCCUUGGAUGUCAUCAAGACGAGACUUCAGGCCCAACGACAUGCUCAUGGGCAAGCCGGGUACGAGGGCGUGGUCGCCACUUUCAAAACUGUCCUCAAGCACAACGGCAUACGUGGUCUGUAUCGAGGGCUGGGACCGACGAUCCUCGGCUACCUUCCGACUUGGGCAAUUUACUUUGCGGUGUAUGAUGGCAUAAAAGAACACUUUGGGCGGACGCAGCUCGAAGAUGGGUCAACCGUUCACCACAUCUAUCCUGCGGCUCAAGCUAAGGGAUACCAGCCCUUUACGCGGGAGCAUCCUUGGUCUCUCCAUAUCUUGUCUGCAAUGGCGGCUGGGGCAACAAGCACGAUUUGCACAAAUCCCCUUUGGGUUAUCAAAACCCGCUUUAUGACGCAACCUUUCGAAGAGAAGAGGUAUCGGCACACAUUAGAUGCUGCGUUGACGAUAUACCGGACGGAAGGGUGGCGGGCAUUCUUCCGUGGUCUGUUGCCAAGUCUGCUGGGGAUCCUGCACGUCGGUGUACAGUUUCCCCUGUACGAACAACUCAAGUUUUGGGCCCGACGCAAUUCGUCGGAGGAUUUGACCCCUCGACAGUUUCUUGCUUGCUCCGCCGUAUCAAAGAUGGUUGCUUCAGUCACGACAUAUCCGCAUGAAGUAGUGCGCACACGACUGCAAACGCAGAGAAGGAUAGUCAACGGCGCUCUCAAGGGGAAGGACGUGCCAGAACAGCCUCGAGCUGGUGUAAUUAAGACUGCGACAGAUAUCGUACGGCACGAGGGCUGGAGAGGACUGUACAGGGGGCUAUCCGUGAACCUCGUCCGGACGGUACCAAACAGUGCGGUGACGAUGUUGACGUGA